AUGGCUUCAGUAGAGGAGGUGGAUCCGGAACUGGAGGAAGAAGUGCAAGAAGAGUGCUCCAAUUAUGGUGAAGUGCUCCGUCUUCUAUUGCAUCUGACUCCACAACAGGAGGUGCGUAUAUUUGUACAUUUCGACGCCAUUGAAGCAGUUAAGGCUGCCUGCCUUGCCUUGAAUGGACGCUUUUUCGGAGGUCGCGUCGUUCGUGCACGUCCUUACGAUAAUGAACUAUUUCAACUGAAGCAGUUAGAUGAAGAUUAA